CGAGACCCAGAAACCAGCUGAUACGGGGAAGCCAUUGGAGUGACAGGCUGACUCAACAUCACUCCCUCCUCGUUAUUCACUCACUGCCGUCCUUUCCCAGGUGGUGGACGCGCGCACACGCACACCACAUCCCUAGGCUCCCCCGUGAAGCCUCCUGACGGUCAAUUCUAGGCUGGGAUUGAGAAGUGAGGCAGGAUGGUGAGGCUGCUGCUGGUGGCGGUGGUGCUGGUGCUGGUGGUGGCGUCAGCGGCAAGGAUGGAUUACGCUCUUUCAGACAAGUUUAUCCAAAUGUUGCAGAGUGAACAGUCCACUUGGAAGGCUGGGAGGAACUUCAAUGAGAACUUAUCAAUGCGCUACAUAGGGGGACUAAUGGGGGUGCACCCUGACUCCAAAAAGCACCUGCCGGAGCCUCUGGUGCGCACUGUCAACCCAAACAGCCUUCCAAGGGAGUUUGACUCACGAGCUGCCUGGCCACACUGCCCCACUAUUGGUGAAAUUCGUGACCAGGGCUCGUGUGGGUCUUGCUGGGCCUUCGGAGCUGUGGAAGUGAUGAGCGAUAGAGUCUGCAUCCACAGCAACGCCUUUCAAAAUUUCCACUUCUCGUCUGAAAACCUCCUCUCGUGUUGCCACAUCUGUGGGUUUGGCUGCAAUGGCGGCUUCCCAGGUUCAGCUUUCAAGUACUGGGUGACAAGUGGCUUGGUGUCGGGCGGCGCGUACAACUCCAGCCAGGGGUGCCAGCCUUACGAGAUAGCGCCUUGCGAACACCAUGUCAAGGGGUCCCGUCCGAAGUGCUCUGAGGGUGGACGGACUCCGAAGUGCCUCAAGAAGUGCGAGGAUUCUUACGCGGUGUCGUACGAGAGCGACCUGCACCAUGGGGCAAAGGCGUACAGCAUCCCGAAGGACCAGACUCAGAUAAUGCAGGAGAUAAUGUCUAAUGGGCCGGUCGAGGGGGCUUUUACUGUUUAUGUCGAUUUUCUUCACUACAAAUCAGGCGUAUACCAGCACCGCCAUGGCCUGCCUCUCGGGGGACACGCCAUCCGAAUUUUGGGGUGGGGGGAGGAGAACGGCACCCCAUACUGGCUCUGCGCUAAUUCCUGGAACACUGAUUGGGGCGAUAACGGCCUUUUCAAGAUUCUGCGAGGCUCCGACCACUGCGGCAUUGAAAGUGAGAUUACUACUGGGAUCCCUGCUUAGGUUAGGGUAGGUUAGGGUGGGUUAGGGGUGGUUAGGUCAGGUUACGAGUGUUUUUGCUUGGUUAGGUUAGGUUAUGUCAGGUCAGGUUAGGUUUUUUUGUCUAAGUUAGGGGCUGAAAUAGGGUCUCUUGCUAAGUUAGGGGUUUCUGUUUAAAUUUGGUUAGGUUAGGGGUGUUUCAUGUCUCAGAUGAUGAAGUUAGGGGUGUUUAAGUUAGGUUAGGCUAGGAGGGUUUCAAGUUAGCCAUUCCUACUUAAGUUAGAGAAUGGUUAGGGAAUUUUUGUUACUGUUAGUUCAUCUUGAGUUAGUUUUUUUUUUUUUUUUUUAAGGAAAUUUUGUAAGGAGGAAAAAUUUAAAGUUGGAAUUUUAAAAGUUUGCUCGAGUUUUGUAAAAGAAUUUUCAGUUAAGUCUUAUUUUUUCCUUCUCUUUUUUUUCUCCCUUUUUUUUCUCUUUUAAAUUUGGGCAGUUUUAUAAAAGGAAAUAAUAAUAUGUCUUUUUAGGGGCUUUUUUAUAAUAUUGCAACAGUAUUUUAUUUAUCUAUUAUUAUUAUUAUUAUUAUUAUUAUUAUUAUUAUUAUUAUUAUUAUUAUUUUUAUGGAUGUAUUUUAAAUAAACACAGGAACUAUUUUGGGCAUUCGGGUUUGUAAGAAAUUUUAAGAUUGUGGCUGUUUUUUUUCAGAUAUUUCCAAAGUAUUUUUAUAAGAGAGAGCCUUCAUUAAAUUUGUAAGAUCUGGUUCAGUUUUAUUAAUUUUGUUUGUAUGUUCGUUUUUUUUCUUAUCUUUUGUUUUAUUUGUUUAUAUAUUCGUUUUCUAUUUAUUUAUUUUCGUAUUUAACAUUUUAUUUUAUUUAUUUAUUUAUUUAUUUAUUUUCUUUAUCAUUCUGUCUCGCUAUAUAUUUAUUUCUUCUUUAUAUUCAUUCAGUAAUCUACUUAUCUUCGUAUCCAAUUAACAUAUUAUUUCAUCGCCCUAAUUAACAUUUUAUUUACAACACCUUCACUUUUGAACUCCAGCGUAGAUCAUUUUAUUUAUUUAUUUAUUUAUUUUUCUAUUUUAUUUUAUUAUUUUUUUAUUAAGAAUUUUGAUUGUUUUUAGUUUUCGUUUCGUAUUUUUAGCCCAAUUUGACUUUUUUUUCAAUAUCUGUCUUAUCUCAGUACUCAUACAUAUAUAUUCUGCAAGUCUACGUAUUUCUGUGUGUAUGCCAUGCUUUCAGUAUAUCAAUAUGCAUAAUGUAUUUCCCUAUGCUGGAUUUCUAUGUAUAUUCUCACCAGGUUGUAUUAAAAAAAACAUAAUAUUCA